UGAAUGCAUAAACAUCUGUCAAUGUACACGAAUAUAGUAAGUUUAUAUACUAUAUACAUAUAUAUUUUGAAUGUAUAAAUUUAUUAUCAAUGUUAUAAUUUCUUAGUGAAUCAAAUUAUGAUAGCUGCUGCAUUAUUUGCCUUAUUAGAGGACCAACGGAAUAUGUUACGCGUUCAUCGGCGACAUCUGAGGGAUACAACUGACCCAUUUCAUUUGCCGGAAGCUCGCUUUGAAGAGCUAUUCCGUUUUAAAAAAGAUCCCGCAAUAGCCUUGUUACAAGAGCUAAGUCCUCAUAUGAAAAGUGGUGAAAGGCGUACGUUUGUCCCAAAAUCAUUAAGAAUGACUGCAGCACUUCAUUACUAUGCAACAGGAUCAUAUUUGAGAGACGUUGGCCAAGAUUUUGUGUGCUCAUUAAGCAAGACUGUUGUGUGUCGUGCAGUAAAAGAAGUCACAAACAUCAUUGAAGGAAAAUUAAUGUGUAAAUACAUUAAAUUUCCAACAUCUUUAGAGGAACAAAACAAAAUAAAACAAACAUUUUUUUCAUCUACGGGUUUUCCUGGGUGCAUUGGUGCUAUUGAUUGCACCCAUGUUAAAAUUAAAAAGCCGGCCGCUGAUGUUGAAUGCUGCUACAUAAACAGAAAGGGCUACUUUUCCAAAAAUGUGCAACUUAUUUGUGACUACAAUUUAAACAUAGUGUCUGGGAACGCGCGUUAUGGUGGUAGUACCCAUGAUGCUUUUAUUUGGGAGAACAGCCAAUGUAAACAAUUUUUGGAAAGGCAAAACGCCAGUGAUGUAGAUUCAAGUUGGCUUAUUGGUGAUUCAGGCUAUCCACAGCAACCAUGGUUGAUGACACCAUUUCGAAAUCCACAGACGAUUGGGCAAAAUAAUUACAAUGAUUGCCACAUUCGUGCUCGGAAUUGUGUUGAAAGGCUUAAUGGUGUUUUGAAAAAGGUAUUUGGGUGCUUAUCACAUGAACGGGGUGUAUUGUUUAAACCAGCAUAUGCUGGAUCAAUAAUAAAUGCGUGUUUAACCUUGCACAAUAUCAGAUUAAAAAGAAAUUUACCAAUUCCAGACAUAAACGUAUCGUCAAAUUUCAGUAUGGAAGUUGACAAUUUGGAAGAGAAUCGUGAAAAUUGUAGUGUGCUAAAUCAAGGCAGAAGAUGUCGGGAUAAUAUAGUACGGAAUUAUUUUAACUAA